CACAGCACCGGAGACGUUCUGGAGCAUUGCUGCGGCAACAGUGCCGGUUAUUAGAUUUAGUUUAUCUUAUCAAUAUGAGUGAAAGGCAAUUUUUGUGCUGGCGGUAAAAGAAAAACAAUAAAUUGUGUCUUUUUGAAAUGCUAUUACUUUCAUUGCGCAGUCAGUUGAUAGGAGUGUUAAAAUUGAAUAGAAAGUUAAUUUUACGUGUCACGACAAACCCAGUUUUCCAAAGUAGUACCACGGUGGGAGCAGCAGCAGAGGCUAUCACCAAGCUGAGAAAGAUGGAAGGCACGGUCGUCGAGGUGAAGUUUCCAGCCGGUUCUCUGGUGCCGAAAAACGAAACCGGAGCGCUCAACUUUGUGCGAAAGUAUCCCGAGUACAACGGGAAGGAUGUGACGAUUGCGGUUCUGGACUCCGGAGUGGACCCGCGGGCGAAAGGGCUGGAGAUCGUCCCUGGCGGAGACGUAAAGGUCGUCGAGCGGUUCGAUUGCUCCGGUUGUGGGGAUGUCGACACAAGCAAACUGGUUUCCGCUGCACCGGAUGGAACGAUUUUGGGCCUCUCCGGCCGCGUACUGCGGUUAUCCAACGCCAUGAAGGCGAAAUGCCCCUCGGGUCAGUAUCGCGUCGGGCUGAAGAGUAUGCACGAUCUGUAUCCGUCGCGUAUCAGGGAAAAAAUUGUGGCCGAUGCCAAGCUGAAAACGUGGGACGAAGCGCACAAGAAAACUCUGGCCGAAGCCAGCCGGGAUGUGGCCGAUUUUGAUGCGAAGAAUCCCAAUGCACAGAAUCUGCCGCUGAAGGAGAAAUUGAUCAAGGAGAAUCUGGACGGGACGAUGGAGUUCCUGAAUGCGUGCGAGAAGAAGUUCUCCGAUCUGAAGACCACUUAUGACUGCGUUUUGUUUUCGACUGAUGAUGGAUGGAUGGCAGUCAUCGAUACGACGGAGAACGGGACCCUGGAGGAUGCUGUUCAUGUUGGCGAAUACAGCAAAACCCAUGAAAUGGUCAACUUGGAUGAGUUUCUGUCUAUUUCGAUAAAUGUUCACGAUGGCGGCGAUGUGCUGGAAAUCGUGGGAAUGUGCUCAAGCCACGGUACCCACGUUGCAUCGAUUGCAUGUGGCUUCCAUCCGGACAACCCAGAGCUGGACGGUGUUGCUCCUGCAGCAAAAGUGGUAUCACUGACGAUCGGCGAUGGUCGGUUGGGAUCAAUGGAGACUGGCACUGCUCUUGUUAGAGCAAUCAUCAAAGUUAUGGAACUCUGUGAAUCGGGUCGCAAGAUUGACGUGAUCAACAUGAGCUACGGUGAACACGGCCACUGGUCGAAUUCCGGUCGAGUGGGCGAGCUUAUGAGUGAACUGGUGAACAAGUACGGAGUCGUGUGGGUUGCCUCGGCCGGAAAUCAUGGACCGGCAUUGUGCACCAUCGGAACUCCACCGGAUAUCAGCCAACCGAGUUGCGUUGGCGUUGGCGCUUAUGUAUCUCCCGAAAUGAUGGAAGCUGAGUACGCCCUGCGACAGAAACUGCCCGGAAACGUUUACACAUGGACUUCCAGAGAUCCCUGCAUCGACGGUGGAUUCGGAGUGACGGUGUGCGCUCCCGGUGCUGCCAUUGCCUCCGUUCCGCAGUUUACGAUGUCCAAAGCGCAGCUGAUGAAUGGAACAAGUAUGGCUGCACCACACGUUGCUGGUUCCGUAGCUCUGUUGAUUUCCGGUUUGAAACAGAAAAAUGUCAACUUUACUGCAUUUAGUAUUAAACGAGCCCUCUGGAACACUGCCACCAAGAUCGACUACGUUGACAAAUUCGCUCAAGGAAAUGGGCUUCUGAACGUGGAGAAAGCGUUUGAAAACUUGACGAAUUACAAGGAUUGCGUAGAAAACAAUCUGCGAUUUUCGAUCAGCGUGGGAGGAAACGGCGCCAAGGGUAUCCAUAUGCGCCAGGGUUUGCUCACCAAACCGGAAGAAUUCAACGUCAGUAUUGAACCCGUAUUUUUCAACGAUAAAUAUGCUUCCCUUGCUGAUAAAAUAAGUUUUAACGUUAGACUGACUCUUGUUCCAACGGAAUCGUGGAUUCAGUGCGGAUCCUUUCUAGAUCUGUGCUACUCGCAGCGUACGAUCUGCGUCAAAAUCGAUCCAACUGGAUUGGCUGCCGGUGUUCAUAAAGCAAGUAUUAAAGCGUACGUUUCCGCCUGCGUCGAGAAAGGCGUCCUGUUCGAGAUUCCGGUCACGGUUGUGCAACCGAUCGUGGUGGAUCCCAAAACCCUGGAGUACACUUCAACCGAAUCAAUCAGCUGCAAACCGAAUACGAUCCUGCGGAACUUUUUCCUGGUGCCAAAGUAUGCUACCUGGGCCGUGCUGGAAAUGAUCUCGACCGAUACGAACGACACCGUGGGAGGCAAGUUCCUCAUCCACACGAUGCAGAUUCUGCCGAUGAAGUACUGCAAGGCGCAGGAAACGCAGAAAAUACUGCCGGUGAACUGUGUUUCCACGACGGUGCAUCCCUUCAAGUGUGUGGGUGACAACAUUUUAGAAGUUUGCAUCGCCAAGUAUUGGUCCAAUUUCGGAACGGUACCGCUGAAGUAUUCGAUCAAAUUCCACGGCAUUUCUCCACUGAAUGGAAACAUCAUGCACAGUGCCAGUGGGAUACAUCGUAUUGAUCUGACCACACUCUCUGCCGAAGAAGUGCUUCCAUCAGUAUCGCUCAAAUCAGCCGUCAUGGUACUGAAGCCAACGGAGACUAAAAUUACACCGUUGACGACUCGAGACGUGGUCCAUCCAGGGCGCCAAAUCUACCAAAAUGUACUGACCUACACUUUGCAUUUGAACAAGAGCCAAGAGGUUGCUUUCUAUGCACCGCUAUUCAGCACCGUGCUGUAUGAAAGUGAGUUCGAAUCUCAGUUUUGGAUGCUUUUCGACAGCAACAAGAUGAUGGUCGGAUGUGGCGAUGCGUACUCAAACGAUUCCUACUUGAAGCUGGAGAAGGGCGACUACACCGUGCGCUUGCAGGUUCGUCACGAGAAAAAAGAACUGCUGGAGAAGAUUUCAGAGACUAACAUGCUGGCAAACAUCAAGCUGGCCAAUGCCUUGGCGGUAGAUAUCUACAAAUCGUACAAUCAGGCCAUCGUCAACGGUAAAAAGAUAACAACCUUGGCUUUCCCGGCUGGCGUUACUCGUCCAAUCUAUCUAGCUACGAUUACGAAUGAAAAGCUUCAAAAGGCUUCAUUCCCCAACCAGUGCUCUUGGCUGGAAGGCACGAUAGUGUAUGCCAAGGACGAAUUGGGUAAAAAAUGUGACACACAUAGCUUCCAGUAUAUCCUGACAGAGGGUCCAACUGUGAAGAAAAACGGCGCACCUAAGGAGAACAAGAACAAAUUCGAAGAAUACAGCGAAGGACUCCGCGACUAUCAAGUGGCGCAGAUUGCAAAACUGGACGCCGAAAACGCAGAACAGGUCUACAAGGCCGUCCUGAAAGACAAUCCCAACUUUGUGGGAGCUCACUUGGCACUGAUCGACAAUUUGGACAGCAACGAUCUGAAGACGAAUCUUCCGCUUACGUUUGCCAGCAAUUUGGACAGAAGCGACAAAAAUGCUGCCGCCCUGUUGAAGGUCAAGCUGAUCAAGGUGAUCGAAUUGGCCGAUUUGACAUUGAAGGAAAUCGAUCAGAAUGCACUGCUGGCAUACUACGGACUGAAAACGGACAGCAGACCUAAUGCGGCCAAAAUUAAAACUCAAAUGGACAAACAGAAACAGCAAUUAUUGGACGCAGCUCAGAAAAAACUAAUAGCUUUGUCCAAAUUACGCGUCAUCAAGACGCUGGUGGACAGCAACGAGGUGGGCGAUGAUAGCGUGGAUCAGCUGGAAAAUAUCGAACAAUUGUUCGCUGACAUUGGAAAGUUUAUCGAUUACAAUGACGCCAAGGUACUGUUAUCAUCGAUUUGGCACGCAUACACCCUGAAUCAGUACGGUCGCAUGCUGAAAUACCUGGGCAAACUUUACGAGGACAAACUCUCGCGAGAGAUCCUGGAAGAGCAGAGCAAGGUUGUGGCCGAACGAAAAUGGCCCCAUGUUGAACAGCUGCUGAACAAAGUGGUCGUGACCUCCAAUCCGCAAGGAUUUAGACUGUUUUAAGAUGCCCGGGACCAUAGUAAGACAUGAAAUACCGAAUAAUCAACGUUGUUACUCCAUACUUUUACGGAGAUAUUAACAAAUCGACGAGAUUUCACAUAUUACCAAUGCACAGUAGUCCGGAAAAAUGAUUUUUCAAUGAUAAAUCAAUAGCUUUUUCAAACAACGAUUUCAAACCGAAGCUGUACAGACGACCACUUCAACAAAUACACUUAAAAUAAAUUAGAGAAAAACAAACAUCUUUUCAUUUGCGAAAACCAUUGAUUUAUGAUUAAAAUAUCGUUCUCCUGUACUACUGUGUAAAGCCACGUUCAACCGAUAUGAUGAAGACUUUCAGUCUAGUUUUAACGAAUCAAACUGAAUCGUAAAAUCAAUCUCUUUGUUCCAAUACAAAAGAUCAUGUGUACACGAAAUCUGAAUUACCGAUUACCAUUACACAUUUCGAUGGUACCGUUGGUUCGUUCGCAUGACAUUCGAUACGUGUUGUACUAGAUAAUUCAAAUAGCUUCAGAUUUAACUUUAGAUUCGUUCGAAAGCUUUUAAUUCACGGAACCAAGGCUGCUCAUCCAACCGCCAUUUAUAGGUAGUUGGGAUUCAUCCACAGAAGGGACGUAUGCAUUUAUGAACCGAUGAAUCGAGCUUUUAACAAGAUGAACUAGAUAUGACUUGGCGUAAUAAAUUGAUCGAUAAAAACCGGCCAGAAAAGUGGUAAAUGUAAUUAAAUUCUGAUAUAGACCGAUUUAAUAAUGAAUAAGAGCAAAUA